UUUAUAGGAUUCUGUGGUAUUGAUAGAAGAAUAAGUAGCGGAGCUCCCAUGUGUUAAAGUGAACUCUCAGACUUUAGCAAGUCAUUGUGGUUUGUUGUGCCUAGGAAUUAUUUUGCUUGGUUAAAACAAGUCAGUUAUUAACAACUAAUUGUAACUCCACCGAUGUUUUUGUGUCAUCACAAUCUUGAGAGUAACUCUUCAUUGAAGCAUCUGCUCAGAUUUUUCCAGUCAAUUUCUUCUGCUUGUUUUGCAGUCGUCUCUUACAUCUUCGCCCACAUCUUAAAUAAUCAUGACAUUAUAAAUAUGAAAACCUUGACAUGUUUUCAUUUAGCUGAAUUAUUCAAGUAUUCAAGUGUUCAUAGCCAAUGGCACAACAAUGGGCCUAUUUCAUUUCAAGCGGUUAUAGAACGGAAGUAAACAGACGCAGGGUAUCGCCUCCUCCGGUUUCACUUAGCGUCAGUUGCAAAAAUGAUCUUCUCUGGGCAGCUAAUGCAUUUAAGUUGCUCAGCAGGUUUCAGAGUCAAAGUUGAGAAUGUUUUUUGUCUCUUGGUUAUUAUACAGAACAGCAGGUGUAGACACAGAUAAUGCUGCUUGGCUAUAUUGGGUGUAUAAAUCAGCUUGUGUGUAGCUGUGUGUCAAAAGGUAAACGAAGAACCCCUGUUUACUGAAACCCCAUUCAUCGACGCCUUCCCUGUAAGGACAAGUUGUCAGGUGCUUCUGUCUGUGGGCUACAUACCACAAACGACAGUGUCAGGAAUGAGGUGGUCUAUACGGGAGUGCCGAUGUGAAGGACAUCAUCGCCAAGGGCAGCCGGGCGUUUCGGUGCACCUGGGACCACAGCUUCACAUCUGCCGAUGAUUUACUGCAAACGAGUCCACGGGCAGUUCAAACCCGCGUCAGGGAUGGGGACCUCCGGUCCUGGAGGGCCGGUGUGUAUGCAGUGUAUGGCUGCUGCCACCAGUUACCCAGGCUCAAUCAGCUAAUUAGCCACAUACACCAUGACCGAUUCACUUGUAGAUUAGACCACGAUAGAAUUCUACAAGACAAGAACAUUUAUCAUAAUAUAUCAUGGGAUGUGGCAAAAAAUGACAGAUCAUGUACAUGACUGGGCUCAUUAAAUACAUCCCUGUUCUAUUUCAUUCCGUGUGGACCACAGAGCACCUUAAGUGGCUGGGACUGUGUUCUGACCUGCGGGAAAUGAUUCUGCACUAGGGAUUCAAACAUCCUUUUGACAUGUGCAUACAUUGAUGCAGACAGGGGACACAUUUCUCUCAUCCCUAAUGGCAGUAGUUAGUGGACAGGUAUUGCAACUUGGCUGUGGGUUUCUGCUGCCCUUAAUCAAGGUGCUUAACCUAAAUCACUUCAGUAACUAUUCAAUGUGUAAAUGAACUUAAAUACAUUGUAGUCUCUUUGGAGACUACAAUGUAUUAGCUUUUUGAUGGACUCUAGGAUAUGCAAAUACAUAAAUAAAUAAAUAAAUGCAUAACAAAGCAUCUGCCUUGACUUAUUAACAUGAAGCCUGUUAAUAAUGCUUUGCAUAAAAUAAAAAUCCCUGUCCACAUUGCUGUGAACGUCUGUGAUGUUUUUGUUCAAGCCCGUUUCACUGGAUCUUCAAUGGAUUUCUGAAAAUGUAAUGACCACAAACAAUUGAGCAUGGUAGUGCCUAUUCUGUUUGUUUGUAAUGUUUUAUGUAGAAAGGAAAAGUGCAAAAAACCUGUUUACUCACUAUCAUUAAUAAUUAUGGGAAAGAUUGUCGAAUCACUUUGUAGCAGCACUGCCUGAAUUACUGCCGCGCGCUGGUAUUGAUAGUGAGAUCAAUAAGCUUUGUAGAGGGGAAGUCGGCUACAACAAAAAGUCAUGGUGUUGUGUCUCUGCGGUUGACUGACAGCCCAGGGGGCUGAGGGCUUUCUUUGAUGAAACAUUAAGGCUUGGGCGGUCCUUCGUGCAGUCACAGAGAUAGUGCUUUCCUUCUCAUGUGCGAAAUGUCCUUUCAUCAUUUUGAGCUUUUUUUUUAAUAUCCAUGAAAAUACAUUUAUUAGCAGUGACAGCUUUCAGAAGAGCAGUCCCUCCUAAUUACACACUGUAUUGUGAUCUCGACUGAAGCAAAUCUAACAUGCAGUGGUUCUUAUCAUAAUUACAGGCCAGGAUUUAAUCAAUGCAGUUCUACUCUGGUUUGUGCUGUAUGUAUGGCCAGUUCUCAUCAUGUAGCAUACUCUUAUCUACCUAUGUAUUCAUAAGUUGUCUUUAAAGGCAUGCUAUGUAGGAUUUAUUUCCUUGCGUCCCUCCUGUGUUUACGCACAAAAACGUCUACGCCCCCAUUCUCGAACCCACUCGCACCAAAAGAUAAUUUUGUUGGUAGCUUUGUAACACAGUAUUGCAAAUUACUGUGAGAUAGCUGCGAUAGCAAUGAGCUAAGAAAAUCUGCUUAAUUUUGUAGUCGCCUUCCACACAAGCCAUUUAGCUAGAACUGACGUUACUCCUGUUUGUAUUUAGUUAUAGCUAGUAGCUAUAGUUAGCUAGUUACUGCAAUCUUUCAAAAGCAGCUCAUUCAUACCAGUUAAGCAGUUGCUCGCAAGUAUAGCUCAACCAAAAUGCUCGACUGACCAUAUGCAGAAAAGUUACGGGGUAGCUAAAUUUAGCGAAACAUUAGUGGCGAAUUAAUGAACCAACACUAGCCACUGCUGCUAGCACCAGUGGAUUUCGGGCAGCUCUGAAAGAAAGCAUUGAAGAGUUCUGUAACAUAAUCAUGCACACUCACAAACACAUCAAUGUACUAUUACUUGUAUUUUUAUCAGACAUCUCAAGUCUUCUGAAAGUCCGGGAGUCUUUUGGGUUUAGGUAUCAGCCCCCUGCCCAGGAGAGGAAAUUAGCCAGUAGAAUCUCCUGAAAGCAUACUGUAAGGCUGCAGUGCAGUGGGGCCCAGCUAUUAUGGCCAGCCAGCUGACGUACUAAUUGAAGUUACUGGAGUUGGCUAAUAACGGCAGCUCCCUAAUGGUACCGAAUGCUGGCCAGCCACUUGAUUAAUUGUUAGCCACCAAGGCUAAUCUCUCACAAAUCCAGCUCAUCACUUUCACAGAGAAUCCAUGUAUUUGCUUGCCCUCCUUCUUUUGGAUCAUAGAGCAUAUGAGUUCAAUGUAUUUAUCGAUUGGACACAUGCUUUUCAGAUACAGCACAGACAUAAGAAAGGCCCACGCCCACAAGCGGCCUGAGGUGUUUUUAGAAUAACAAAUACAAGUAGACGAGCAAGGUAUUGGGCAGAAGUGAACACAGACACAGGUUGCCAAUAUUUCCAAGAUGAAAAUCCUGCAUCGUAUGCCUUCAAUUUUGAAUGACGAAUAACAAAUAUAACUGUUCAGUUUUCUUCAUGAAUAUGGUUCAAGCGACCUCAUUUUGAUGAUUGCGGAGCUCACCAGACUGUAUUUUCUUAAGGAUAGUGCUUUGUUUGUUUGGGGGUGUGGGAAGGGUGGUGACAUUACAUUGAACAGAUCCGUCUCCCGGACUAUUCCUGCAGUCGGGUCUUCUAAGGAUAAACCCGGCACAUCUGCAGGGAUAAUCAAAAAGGGAUGGUACAGCAUGGACGGAGCCUGUCGCUGCCCUUUCGGCCUGCGAUGGAGGACCCGGACAGGCAGUAGCCACUGACGGUAAUCGACAGCAGCAGAGAUUAAGGACCAGCGGUUGUGUCUACGGUACUGUCAGCAGGAGGGCCUGAGAUGGAUGAAAGCAGACUCUCUCUUCCCCGUUCCGCAGAUCCCAGCCUCGGCAUGCCUGGAUCCCUUUGCUCGGUCUGAGGCCCGCGUGUCCGCCAUCUUGGAGACAUGACCCUAAUGGACUACAGGUACAGCCUGCUGAGUACGGUGGCUGAGGAGCACAGGAAGAGGCCCGUCCCGUUCAGGGAUGGUCCUGCGGACCCCCUGGCCCUGCCGGAUGGGAACAGGGAGCAGUUUCGCCGCUGGGGUCUACAGGUGUGCUUCGGAAAGGCCAAGCUCUACAGCUUCCUCUUCUUGCUGACAGUGAUGUUCCUCAUCACGGUCUCCUACAUCCUCACCGGGGAGAAGAAGGGGCUCCUACUGACCCCUUCCCCGUACCGGAUCAGAACAAUCGUGGGCCCGGGACCGUUCCCCUUCAACCUGACCUCGGCCAGGGAUUACGCCAACAUGAAGCUGGUGGUGAAGACUAUCGUGUCCAAGGUGGAGUUCAGCUCCAGACAUCUACCAGAGCUGAAGGACCUGAUCCACAAUGAGCCACAUAUGUUUUCCGUCGUCCCUCGUCAAUUCCUCCCGAACGUGAAGAACCCCUGCUGGUACGAGGAGCACUCCGUGAACGCCACGGCGGACCCGUACGGGAAGAGCCUGUACGGCCGCUACUCCCGGCGUUUCCGCGCGGUGUGCGAGGUCCUGCGGAAGGCCUUCCGGGAGCACCUGGUCCACCGCGCCGGCCGGGCCUACCGCCUGCGCUGCCUGCCCUACUUCUACAUCAUCGGCCAGCCCAAGUGCGGCACCACCGACCUGUACGACCGGCUGAGGCUGCACCCGGACGUCCGCUUCACCACCAUGAAGGAGCCGCACUGGUGGACCCGGAAAAGGUUUGGUGUUGUGCGCAUAAGCGAGGGCUUCCACGAGCGCUACCCGGUGGAGGAUUAUCUGGAUCUCUUCGACCUGGCAGCAUUCCAGAUCCAGGAACACUUCGCGAGAAAUACCUCCAGCAGCCUGGAUAAACGUAACAUUAUAACAGGGGAGGCCAGUGCGUCCACACUGUGGGACAACAAUGCCUGGGUGUAUUUCUACGACAACGGCACUGACGGGGAGCCGCCCUUCCUGAUCCAGGACUUUCUCCAUGCCGUGCAGCCGGAGGCCAGGUUCAUUGUGAUGCUGCGGGACCCUGUGGAGAGGCUCUACUCUGACUACCUCUACUUCAGCAUUGCCAACAAAUCAGCGGAGGAUUUCCACGAGCGUGUUUCCGAGUCCCUGCAGCUGUUCGAGGGGUGCCUGGCAGAGGCCUCUGUGCGUUCCUGUGUGUACAACACUACCCUCAACAAUGCCAUGCCCGUGAGACUACAUGUGGGGUUGUACAUCAUCUACAUCCUGGACUGGCUGACCGUUUUCAGAAGGGACCAGAUCUUAGUCCUGCGCCUGGAGGACCAUGCUUCCAAUCGCAAAUACACCAUGCACACAGUCUUUGACUUCCUCAGACUGGGGCCUUUGACGGAACAGAAGGAGGCAGAGAUCACCCGAAGUCCAGUGUCUAACACCAGGAGGCCUGCGGACAAGAGCUUGGGGCCUAUGCUUCCCGUCACCAAGGAGAUCCUUCGAGAUUUCUACUCCCCUUUCAAUGAAAAACUGGCCAAAGUGCUCAACAACGACUCCUUCCUGUGGCUUAACCAUGCAAAACUCAUGUAAAGACUCUUCCCAUGUCACAUCAUCCUCACAGAAAGCAAUUUCCCUUUUGAAAAUAUUGAAAUUUGCCGCAAAAUGUUUUAUUUAAAUUAUUUUAAAUUAUUGGGAAGGGCAAAUGAACUGUCAUGAAACAACAGCACAACCAGAUCAUUUUUGGCCUUGUUUUAUAUAUCUCUAAAUAAGAGGAGGGAAAAAUAUUCUUUUUGUUGUUUUUGUUAUGGAUUAUUUCUAACAACACUGCUUUAACUAAAAUAAAUGUCAUAAAGACAAA